ACUCCAUGCUUCAGUUCUAUAAGAGUUUCUUGUUGGUCAGGAUCAGCGAUUAAGCCAAUCAGCACAAUUGGCUCAGGUGUGUGGCGGUCAGAAGAGCUUGCUUCUGCUUAGCUAUGAGGAAUUGGACGAGUAGUGUUGUGAUAAUAGCUACCCAAUAUCUAACUGCCGUCCCCCGGUAAGAUCCCAGGAUCUUAUACUACGUCCCAGGUUAUUGGGUCGACCACACCACAAGAGAGGGUGGACUGCCUCUUCGGCCCAGGGUAUUUUAACGGAAGCAGCCGCACUUACGCGCUCAGCUAUCAAGUUUUAUUACCCUAGUUAAUGCUUACUCUCGCCUUGAACGAUAAAAGUUUAAGUCAGGGGGUCGUAGUCUCAACUACUUUCUCGGGUUUGCCACAUGAACUAUACAAGGAAACGCGCACUUCUUGCUUGCGACUUCUGCAGGCAUCGAAAACGAAGAUGCGACGGGAAAAAGCCAUGUUCUACAUGCAGGGAUUCAAAUGCCGAUUGUGUAUACAAAGAACUCCCAUUCGAUAGAGUUGAAGACUCAAGUCCGACUGCUGUGAUCGAUCGACUUGCCCGAAUAGAAACUCUACUCGAACACCAAAGCCAGCAGAUUAACCAUCUUAGUACCCGGUCCAGUCCCCUUUCGUACCCGACGAGCCAGGCCGACUAUUUCACUACGUACCAACAGCCAUCAGAAUACUUACCUUCAACGUCCGCCGGAAUAGACCCUCAACUUGAUUCACCGCAGUUUCUGAUCCCGAAAAACCACGCUACUCUACCUAUCACGCUUCUUUCGUUACCCAUGGUGCGUGAUCUUAUCGGGGAGUAUCCAAGAGACUAUUUCUUCGAGAUCGAAGAGAAACUGCCACUUCCUGGCCUCCUGGGGAAGCUAUAUGACAGUCCCUUAGUUUGGCCGUCUAUCGACAUUGAUAGUCUAGAUGCGCUAACCGAGAAUUAUUUUCGAAAUGUCCAUCCUCACCACCCACUCUUUACUCCAGCCAUGUUUAAAACAUGGCAGGAUAAGCUUGUUCAAGAAAAAGUUAUGGAAGAGAUUAGUACUGCGAUAUGUUUUUGCGUAUACGCUUUAGGCACGGUUUGUUCGAACGCGGCAGGAGACCACGAGAGCGAUGAAGCACUUGGGCUUCAAUUUUUCCAACCAGCACUCCGGAUUAUGUUGCAUAAGUUAGUGUGGGAAUUUAGACCAAGUGUAAAUCUUUGUCAAGCUUUAUUGCUCGCCGCAUCAUACUUCGCUUAUCUAGGAAGACCUCUUCAUAGCUGGAAGAUGGCGCAAUUUUCAUCCCGAGCUUUUCUGGGUCUCCUUGAGAGUCGACAACGUUACCUAUCUAAUGCGGAAUUUGAGGAAGCCGAGUUAAGAACAUUUUGGCAAUGCUUCACAGUUGAAUGCGAUCGAAUCGCUGAACUCGAUGUCCCUCGAAGUGGAAUCGAACCCCUGGGCGACCGAAUGCGACUCCCACAUAGCACAGACCCUUCUGAUAACGAGAGUACCAUCUACUUUAUCGCUGAACAUGCAAUUCGUCGACUCUUGAAUCGUAUACAUAAUUCUCUCUACGGUCCUGAAAUAGCGCAAACGAGCCCCAACCCGGUUUUGCCUACAGGCCCAAACCAAGCUUGGCAGAGUUUGAACACGCAGAAGCUCCAAUCUCUCAGUGCGGAACUAAACAGACAGCUAGAAGAAUGGUACUUUUCAAUACCGGAUUACUUACGGCCCGCGAAAGGGACUGUGCCACUGCCGAACGAUCGUGCUCGCGUUCUCAGAGUUCGAUAUUAUGCCGCAAGGCAUAUAAUCCAUCGGCCCUUUCUCCUUCAGAUUGUUUCCCGGCAGUGCGACGGCCAGUCUCCAGCGAGUACAUCCGUUCUCAGCCCCGAUCCGUACAGCGAGUCACCAGUUUUCUUGGAAAGGUGCGAGACAUGUAUCGACUCCUGCGUCACUUACCUCUACAACGCAAUGGAGAUGAUAGACAAGCGCUCCCCGUAUCUAUGGACCUUCUCUCAGAGUUGUUUGGCAUGUCUCAUCAUGCUAUGGAUGGCAGAUAAUACGCCCGCAUUACAUCACUACCUCCCUCAUAUGCAACCAAUCCAGAGCAUAUUGCUUAGCAAGCUGCGCAGAUGGGCGACCGAAGAUUCCACAUUUGCUGCCGAAAUACGUAUUAUAGAACAACUCGUUUUCACCGAUCCAAUGGAAGCCUAGGAAGAAUGUUCUUAGAAGCCUUUUCGAUCCCUGAAAGGACCGAAGCGAUGCCGGCCGUGAAGAAGCUUGGAGAAAGUUCAUUUAGAAGCGAGAGUUAAUCAGACGUUAAACCCGGCCGGGUUCUGAUAGGACGACAGGACGCGCAAUGGUCGAGGCUGUGUGUAGGUGCAUGGUACCGGCUGGAUGGGACUUGGCGACGAGCUUAGACUACAUUACAUGAUGUACCUAAACGCAAAAUACCUACAUAGCAUUAGAGCUGCAGAUAGAUGAAUCCAUUCCUUUUCCCUCUCA